AUGUCUGUAAUUUUAUUAUUAAAUAAAGCAGUGUGCAACAUAAUGCAAGAAACGCCUUUAGAUUUGAGUUGUCGAAAUUCCGAAAGGAAAAUAAAUUUAAAUUCAUCAAAGUUUCAAAAAUCUUGUUUAUCUUGUCAAACAUGUGGCAAAAACUUUGACAGACCGUCUUUGCUCAAAAGACAUCUACGAACUCAUACAGAUUUAGGUGAAAAACCACAUGGUUGCACUGUGUGUGGAAAAAUGUUCAGUACAAGUAGCUCGUUGAAUACACAUGUCAGAAUACAUACUGGAGAACGGCCACACGAAUGUCUCAUUUGUGGGAAACGUUUCACGGCUUCAUCGAAUUUAUAUUAUCAUCGAAUGACUCAUUAUAAGGAAAAACCUCAUAAAUGCAAUGAAUGCGGUCGCUCUUUUCCAACUCCUGGUGAUUUAAAGGCCCAUGGGUAUUCUCAUAGUGGUAACUGGCCUAUCCGAUGUUCAAUUUGCAAUCGGGGAUUUUGCAAACCUGGAGCUCUACAUCACCAUAUGCAAGUGCACAUAGGUAAUUAAUAUUAAUUAAAUAUCAACAAGUGUUUAUAAUUUUUCACGAAUUUUUAAUACUUUA